CGCAGGGUCCCGCUGCGUUGCUGGCGGGAGCUCAGCUGCAGCACCAGGACCUCGGGGUCAGUAGUCAGGGGCGGGGAAGCCGCGGCCGCGCCCUCCCGGCCACUCCCCGGCCGGCGGUGAGUGGCGUGCACUCGCACAUGUCCUCCGCGCCACCACGAUCGCCCACCCCGCGGGCCCCCAAGAUGAAGAAGGACGAGUCUUUCCUGGGCAAGUUGGGCGGUACACUGGCGAGGAAGAAGAAGACAAGGGAGGUGACUGACUUGCAAGAAGAAGGCAAGAGCGCCAUCAAUUCUCCUAUGGCCCCAGCUUUGGUGGACAUCCACCCUGAAGACACCCAGCUAGAAGAGAAUGAGGAGCGUACCAUGAUUGAUCCCACCUCCAGAGAAGACCCCAAGUUCAAGGAGCUGGUCAAGGUGCUCCUGGACUGGAUCAACGAUGUGCUGGCGGAGGAACGCAUCAUUGUGAAGCAGCUGGAGGAGGACCUGUACGACGGCCAGGUGCUCCAGAAACUACUGGAAAAGCUGGCGCACUGCAAACUGAACGUGGCAGAGGUGACACAGUCUGAGAUCGGGCAGAAGCAGAAGUUGCAGACGGUCCUGGAAGCUGUGCAAGACCUGCUUCGUCCCCACGGCUGGCCGCUGCGCUGGAAUGUGGACUCUAUCCACGGGAAGAACUUGGUGUCCAUUCUCCACCUCCUCGUGUCUCUGGCCAUGCAUUUCAGAGCCCCCAUCCACCUCCCCGAGCACGUCACCGUGCAGGUGGUGGUAGUCCGGAAGCGAGAAGGCCUGCUGCACUCCAGCCACAUCUCGGAGGAGCUGACCACGACCACAGAGAUCAUGAUGGGCCGGUUUGAGCGGGAUGCCUUCGACACGCUUUUUGACCACGCACCGGAUAAGCUCAACCUUGUGAAGAAGUCUCUCAUCACGUUUGUGAACAAACACCUCAAUAAGCUGAACUUGGAGGUGACCGACCUGGAGACCCAGUUUGCGGAUGGCGUGUACCUGGUUUUACUCCUGGGCCUCCUCGAAGACUACUUUGUCCCCCUUCACAACUUCUACCUGACCCCUGACAGCUUUGACCAGAAGGUGCACAAUGUGGCCUUUGCCUUUGAACUGAUGCUGGAUGGAGGCCUCAAGAAACCCAAGGCUCGCCCUGAAGACGUGGUGAACCUGGACCUCAAAUCCACUCUGCGUGUCCUUUACACUCUGUUCACCAAGUACAAGGACGUGGAGUGACAGCGGCUGACCCUUCUGGAACAAUUUCUAGGCCAGAAAAGUGGGAGUGGCCAUCCACGGCCCCUGCUCUCCCAGGAAACACCUCCCUGGGGAGGCCUCAGGCGUCCCGGCUGCCUGCUGCCCCUUCUCUCUGCCCUCUGCCUGGUGUGGCUGUUGUUUUAAAUCCCUGUCCUGUGUGGUUCCCCGGCCUUUGAGAACUUGGUGCUUUAAACGCCCUCUCGGGUCUGAAACUUCGCUUCCUCUUUUUCUCCGCCUCUGUCAAAAGAUGAAAAAGAACAAAAGCCCCAGCCCACCCCUCCGCUGGAGUGGGCUGUCCACCUGUGCCCCAACCCGUGGAGCAAUUACCAAUGGCAGGAGCACAGCAGCCCUGGGCGCCAGGGACUCUGCCCCACUUGUCCUCAGGAAUCCCCUGGGCUGGGCUCUCCUUGGAAGCAGGGUCUUGUCUCAGUAAAAUCCUCACAGUUCUUCACUCCUGAGUCUCAGAAGCUUUAGACUCGUGACGCGGGUCCCCACCUCCAUCCGUCUUGUGGUUUUCUGGGUCUAACUGACUGUUUUACAUGAACCCUCAGGACCCAGAAUGCCUCAGGCCCCCAAGGCAGCUUGCACAGGGCAUGUCUGGGUCUGUUGCUGGCUCUGAAUGUACGGCUUGAGCCAGCUUGGAGCCGGCACCUUCUGUCUCUGAGGCCCUGUUAGGGGAUGGACACAUUUUUAGAGAUUUUACAAGGGGCUGGGAAUCCAUUAGCAGGGCUGCCUGACCACAGGCUACCAGCAGCCAGAAAGACAGAGGCGUGCAUCUGGAGGCUCUGGGGGCUGGGAGUAGGAGACAGAGGUGCUGGCAGGACACUUCUCUCUGCCUUCAUACCAGCCCUCCUCCUGCAUUAGUCUCUUCUUCAUUCGAAGUGGAACCCAUUCCCCUGUAUAACCUCGCUGACUCCAUGACAUCUGCAAGGCCCCUGUCUCCAAAUUUCGGUCUCCCCCAGAUAAGCCAGGAGUAGGUUUGUAGAGCAUGUCUCAGCUGCAGGUGGGGGCAUAUGAGGUGUCCAAAACCCUCCUGGAACUCUCCUGACAUCCCCUGCAGCAUGGCCUAUAAGAGAAAAUGCUGUUGCUCCUGUGAGCCUUUCGCCACUCACUUCCCUUGACUCCAGAGAGGAGUGGUGAUGCCGUGGGUGGCUGGCUCCUUGUCUCAGGAACCCUACUUCUGAGGUUCACCCCCUCUCAUGCUCCUGCUACCUCCGGCCCUCAGUACAGCUACCCUCUUCCUCGAGUCUUCAGUGUUCACGGCAGCUACAGUAAGCCUUCCUUUUCUGAUUCCCACCUUGCCACGGACCAGGGCUGUGGAGGGAGGUGUUGAUACUGAAUUGAAUGCCAACCGUGAAGUUCCAGAAAAACAGUUUAAUAUCCUCCCUCGGUCCCACUGUUGCUAAGCUAGGGACGGGCUUGGAUAGCCGCUCCGAUGGAGGUGGCUUCCCAGCAGGGGAAAGAGAUAAUUAAAACGGCAUUACCGUGUCUCCCUGUGGGAUGCGCUGACAUUAAAGAGCCACACUGACAAAAUAGUCGGGACGGGAACGUUCUGUGCUGCCUUCCUCACGUGCACAGAGCCACAGCAGCAUCCGGGAACUGCUGGGUCCAUCUUGCUCUGCUCACAAGUAGUGUGGGCAAAUGUGUCUCCUAUCCCCAGGGCAGGGGACCUAGAUGCAAAGGGUUUGCAGAGACCUGUGGUGCUGAAGGGAAGAAAAGGGUUGGUCUGGGAAGGGCCGUGGCCUUCUGGGCUUCUCUAUCUGAAGGGCACAUGUCCCACUUGGCAUCCAAGAAGGCUCUUAUGCCUCCCAUAAGAACCUGUGAAGCCAAAGGACUUCAUGAAGGCCUGAGCUUCCCCAGCGGCUGAGCGUGGAGGUGGGGUUCUCACAUGCCAGUGAAGGGCUCCUGCUGUCCUUUCUCUCCUUUCACCAUGGGGUUGGCAUUCACACCACAGCUUGGACAGAGACACCGAGAACCAAGGUUUCUAGGUCAACUUCAGGGCCACCUGUGUAAGGCAGGCUUUCUUCACAGGAAAAAGGGAGAGCUGUCUCCCUCCAUGACCUCAGGUAAUCAGUGCUGAUCCCCAACCUUUCCACACUCCCCCACCCCACCGGGGCAGGAGGAAGGAACAGGCAGAUCUUCAUACUCACUCUUCCUGCGAGCCAGGGCUGGAGUUGCUCCCCUCUGUCUUCACUGGUUGGGCCAUCCCCUCCGGCUCUGCUGACCUCUGCAGACCAGCAGGCAGCUCUUGUUCCUCUUUUGCACCUAGUUGAGCAAAGCUGAGCCCAGGGCCCCCUGCUUCCUCGUGGGCCUGACAAAGGGGGAUCUUUUCUUUUCUUUUUUUUUUUUUUUUUUCCAAACCAAGUUCGGUCUCCCUCUGUGAAACAGCGCUUUAUUGUCUUUUUAAUUGUUCGAAGCAAUGUGUCCUUUGGAUUUCUGGAUAUUAAAUAAAAACCACUAAACCCCC